AUGGCUGUAUGUAAUAUACUAAAUGGUAUAUCGGCCGUUUCUUCUAUAAAAUCUUUAAUCACAAAUGGAAAAUGGGAUCCAUCAUACCGACCUACGCUCACAAAUCCGAAUUGUAAGAUUCAUAUUCCCGGAUGGACUACGCAAAUAGGAUUAUUUGGAUUAGAUCAAUAUAUUUCAUAUCAAAUAGUUUGUAGGUUUUGGACAGGAGACGGAUACGUAAAUAAACUUAUCAUUUAUAAAAGAUACACAGAUUUCUAUAAACUGCAUCAAAAACUUUUAAGAAAAUAUGGUUCUAGAUUUGUACCUGCCCUACCACCAAAACAAUCUGAAGGAAGAUUUAAAGAAAAAUUUAUUGAAUUGAGAAGGUUAGGAUUAGAAGUUUAUCUUGGGUGGUUAAUAAAAUUUUAUUAUGAAGACUUAAUUACAUUUUUAGGUGGAAUCAAAAAGGGAAUGAAAAUACAAACGGAUGGAGACGAACAUAUUAUCCGUGAUAAAUAUACAAGGCCAUUUAGGAGAUAUAACAAUGUAAAGUUAUUAAAAAGUUGUUUAACGAGUAGUUCUAGGCGUUAUAAAACGUUUAAA